AUGGCACGCAAUAGCAUGACAAUCGACAUCGAAAAGGUGGCAGCACCUUCCCCGACUGACCACCGGGUGAGGGUGGCAACCAUCCCUGCCCCUUCAACAAGAUCUUCUAUCGAUAACACUCGACCUGGUGCCGUGCAGAGCAGCAAGUUCAGCAUCAAUGAGACAGAGAUGCUGGGCUUGGAUGGAAACGCUGGAACUCGCGAGAGUCUCGGUUGCAUGUACGAGAGAAUAUGGAGCUUCAAGGCUCUCCUCCGUUGGGCGCGUCACUUCAUCCCGGUAGCCGCUCUGCUGGGCAUCCCUGUUGCACUACUAGCUACCGUCUACGAAGAUCGGCGUGCUGCCGGUAUCAGACUGUUGGGUCUUUUCGUUUGGCUGGAAGUCGUUUGGGGAAGCCUGUGGCUUUCGAAGCUCAUCGCGAUGCUCAUGCCGACGGCAUACGUUUUCGUCUGUGGUAUUGUCAACUCCGGCACACGAAAGUACCAUCCUGUUGUUCGAGGCAUCGAGACUUCCAUCUCCCUUGUUUUCUGGACCAUCAUAGCAUAUGCUACAGUUGUUCCUGUCUGCAUGGCGUUUGAUGCUGGUUUAGCCGUCCCCAACUGGGUGUACAUCUUGCAGAAGGUCGCCCUGGCUUCCAUCGCCGUCGCUGCCAUGGUUCUGGUUCAACGCUUUAUCAUUCAGCUUAUCAAUAUCACCUACUCGGCUACGCAGUUCACAACACGCAUCAAGGAAUCCAAACGCCAAAUCGCCAUGCUCGACACGCUUUACAUAUCUUCAACACGCAUGUAUCCUCCUUUCUGCGACCGUUUUGCCCAGGAAGAUUAUACCAUUAUCACUGGGGAGAUCGAGCAGAAAGACAGUUCGCCAAGCAAGCUGCUAGCCAAUAUGCGAAUGGCUGGCCGCGAAGUAGCCCAGGCAUUUGGACAGAUGACGGCCGACAUCUCUGGAAACGAUUCCCUCUUCAAUACCCAGGCAGCCCACACGAUCGUCACAGAGGCACUGGAAGCCACAACGUCAUCGGAAGCUCUAGGCCGACGCAUCUGGAAGUCAUUUGCCUCCGAGAAAGAAGAUGCUCUCACGCAAAAGGAUUUGGAGAAGGCCUUCUCGGCGGAUCAACUUCGUGACGUCGAGGAGCUCUUCGCUUUGCUAGACGUGGACCAAAAUGGGGACGUUAGCUUGGAAGAGAUGAUAUCGACAGUCGUCCGCAUCGGCCAAGAACGUAUUGCCAUUUGGAAAAGUACUCACGACAUCAAGUCAGCGGUGCGAGUUCUCGAUCGCUUCCUUCAAGUUUUCAUUCUCGUUGGCACAGCUCUCAUUUAUGCCGCCUUCUUCAGCAACUCUUUCUCCACAUACCUCGCCACCAUCGGCACACAGCUUGCGGCCGUCUCCUUCGCCAUAUCUGGAACGGUGCAGGAGUUCUUGGGUUCAUGCAUCUUUAUCUUCGUGAAACACCCUUUCGACGUUGGCGACCGUGUCAUGAUUGACAGCCACGAGAUGACCGUUGAAAAGAUUUCCUUGCUGUACUCUGUAUUCCGCAAGGUCAACUCCAACAAAACGACCCAAGUGCCCAACAUCAACUUGAACAGCAUGUGGGUAGACAACGUCUCACGAAGCGGGGCUAUGCGAGAGCGCAUCACCAUUCAGAUCGCGGCCGACACAAGCUUCGACGACAUCGAGAGACUGAGAAGGAAAAUUCGUGACGAGGUCAGAGCACCCGAGAACCGUCGCGACUUCCGGGAGGAUGUUGAUGUCGAGCUUAUGUCCAUUGGUGACAUGAGCAAGCUUGAGAUUUACGUUGAGGCCGAGCACAAGUCCAACUGGAACAACGAGCACAUUCGCCGUCUACGCCGCAACAAACUGAUGACGACCGUGGUCUCUUCGUUGCGCGCGGCUGCCAUUCACGGGCCUGGCGGAGGUGCCGCAACCCUUGGCGAUCUGUCUAGACCGACAUAUCAGGUAGUCGUGAGCGAAGAGACAGCUGCAGCGGCGGCACAAAAGUUCAAAGAAGACCAGAACGUGUCAAAACGCUUGUCGGUGGUGUCUUCUGCGGUAGACGAUGGCCCAGGGUCUUUCUUAGGGGCCAUAAGACGGAAAUAA